UUCGCUUAUAGAAUACAAAUCAAUCUUUCUCUGCAAAAACCAGACCCAUCUCUCUCCUUCUGCUCUUUCUAGACCCCACAGAAAGGUGAACCUUCGAAGAAGAUAAUAUUUGUUAUCUGUAGGGAAACAGUUAAGUGAGAGAUCAGAUGAAUACAAGUAAUGGAGGUGGGCCUUGUGGCGCGUGCAAGUUUCUUCGGAGAAAGUGUGUAAAAGGGUGCAUAUUUGCACCAUACUUCGACUCGGAUCAAGGCACGGCUCAUUUUGCAGCAGUGCAUAAGGUUUUUGGUGCUAGUAAUGCCUCUAAGCUUCUCAUGCGAUUACCAGUUCAUAAACGCCUUGAAGCAGUUAUUACCCUUUGUUAUGAGGCUUUGGCUAGGGUUCGAGACCCUGUAUACGGCUCCGUCGGCCAUAUUUUUACCCUCCAGCAGCAGGCGGAGUUAGCUUACACUCAGGCCCGACUUUCAAUAUUGCAGCGACUUCCGUUUCCUUUGCCAGCUCAACCUCAAACCGCAUCACCAACAAGUCUGAAUUCAUCCUCAGAAAUAGCCUCAUCCAUGGACUUGAUGCCUACUUAUAAUAUAUCCAUGCAUUUUGAUCCUCUACAGCCUCGACAAUCAUUCACAGAUUUUGCUACUUCCUGUUGUCCACUGGAUCAGGAGCUCGACAAUGGGGAACUCCAAGCUUUAGCUUGGGAAUUUAUCGCUAAGUACUUUCCAGGUGUUAGAUUCCGUUCUUCAAGUUCUGAUUAGAAGUUUUCACUUGUCAACAAAACCAAAUUGCAUCAUGUUGUUGUAUGUUUUCAUUCAGUUUAUUCAAGUUAAUUCAAUC